AUGGCAAGCACGAAGACCCAGUGGAAGGAGGAGAGCGUCUCCGGUUUUGCGGCCACUGCUGAAACUGACAAGUCGUACAACUCCAAGCCCAGCAAAAACCUUCCCGUCUGGAAGAAGGAGGAGAAGAAGUCUGACGACGUUUCACGCCCAAGGUCCGGCAGCAAGGUUGUGGAGGAGUAUGACAUUGUGGUGGCGGAGCCUGAGAAUAAGAAGUGGGAGUUUUCCUUUCUUAUCGGUCUUGAUGAAGUUGAUUCAGGCGCCCUUGAGUGCUUAGGCACUCUCUGGCUUUUUCGGACACAUGGAUUAGGCCUUGGCAAUGACAUCACCAACUACCAACUACCACCUCCCACAAUUUUCUCGCAACACUUCCCUUUCACCGCCAACAAAAUGUGCAAAACCAUCCUCAUUAAGAUCAUGACCUGCAUCAUGUGCAGGGCUGUCGCCUACUACGACAACGAGCCGAACCGUGAGGUCAAGAGGGAAAAGAAGGAGUACAAGAAGCAACAGAAGCGGGCCUCCAAGCAAGAGAAGCUGGCCGCCCAGAGAGAGAAGGAGAGAAGAGUCGAGAUUGCUCGAGGCAAGGAACCGGCGACCGACUUUUGGUGA